CCCUUUACCGGACGUUUUUUGCGUCUUGUUGCCACCUUCCCUCUGCUGUCUUUUCUCGCGGUAACGUUAGUAUACUGUUAGCUUGCUAGCUAACCCUAUCGUUUCCAGGUUUCGUGUCGACCUGAAAACAGCAAACGAAGAGAGACACAGAAAGACUACGCAGCUAAAUAUUCUUUAAAUCUUGACUGCAUAAAGGAGUGGGAAAAUGCCACACAACUUCCAGCCCGGUGACCUGGUCUUCGCUAAAAUGAAGGGAUACCCCCACUGGCCAGCUAGGAUUGAAGAUGUGGCUGAUGGGGCAGUGAAACCACCUCCUAAUAAAAUCCCAAUUUUCUUUUUUGGGACACACGAAACAGCAUUCCUCGCACCAAAGGACCUUUUUGCCUAUGAAAAGUAUAGAGAUCGCUAUGGAAAGCCCAACAAAAGGAAGGGAUUCAAUGAAGGUUUAUGGGAGAUCCAGAACAAUCCACAUGCCUCCUACAGUGCCCCGCCUGUACCGGCGAGCUCAUCUGACAGCGAGGGCAACAAUGCCAGAGGAGGAAGUGAUGAGGAAGAUGAUGAUGAAGAGGCCACGGUUCCUCGGAAAGCCGACUCAGUAAGUGAGGCUGAUUCUGAUUCUGGAAGUGAAGACCGAGGAAGGGGAGGAGGAGUGAAGCGGAAGCCACCUGCUCCCAAGCGGCCUCCUCCUCCAAAAAAGGCUCGAGGCUCGUCCAGUGAUCGAAAUGAAGAGGAGAGUGGAUCCCCCUCUGAAUCAGAACCCACAUCUUCAGAGUCUGACUCUGGAAAGAACAGUGACCAGGAUUUUACUCCAGAGAAGAAAACUGGUGGACGAGGUGGAAAGAAAGCAGGAGGCAGAGGGAAGAAAAAGAAAGCUUCCUCUGGCUCGGAUUCAGACACAGGGUCAGGGUCAGAGAAGAAAGUAGUAGACAGUGACUCAGAGGAUGAGAAGCCUCGACCAGCUCUGUCUGGCUCAGAGUCCCAGUCUGGCUCAAAGUCUGAGUCAGACUCAGAUCCACCUCCUCGUAAAGGCCCACAAGCUCGCAAGAAAGAGAAGCCUGCACCAAAGCCUCGUGCACGGAAACCCAAACCUGCUCCUGCAAAACGAGCACCUUCAUCAUCUUCCGACAGUGACAGUGACAGCGAACCCGACCGCAUCAGCGAAUGGAAAAAACGAGAUGAAGAACGCAGACGAGAGCUAGAGGAGCGCCGGAAAAAGGAGGAAGCAGAGGAGCUGCGCCGGCUACGAGAGAAAGAGAAGGAAGAAGAGGAGAAAAAGAAAAGAGAAAAGGAGAAGAGUAAAAAAGGGAGCGACAGUGACAGCACCAGUAGCUCAGAUGAAGGUGUAGAUGAUCACCCAUUGAAGAAGUCCAAGAAACCCCCUCCACCCCCAAUCCCUGCACCCUCAGACUCUGAUUCUCCAGCUGAGGUGAAAAAACCACCCAAGAAGUCCGACAGUCAGAAGAAGUCAAGAAUAAAGAAAGAGAAGGAAAGGAAAGAAAGAAAGGAAAGGGAGCUAAAAGAGAAGAGAGCCAAACGGUCAGAGGAAAAGUCCAGAGUGAGGGCUAACCCUGAGAGACCCAAACGCAAACCUGAGAGGCCACCAGAGAAGAAAGUGGAAAAGAAAAAGGAACCAUCACCAGAAGAAAGGCUACAAAAACUCCAUACAGACAUAAAGUUUGCACUCAAAGUGGAUAACCCAGACAUAGACCGGUGUCUACAAGCCCUAGACGAGCUUGAGGCUGUACCUGUCACCAGCCAGAUCCUCCAUAAGAAUGCUGAAGUUAUUGCCACAUUAAAGAAGAUUCGGCGAUAUAAAGCCAGCACUGCAGUCAUGGAAAAAGCUACUGAUGUCUACAACAAGUUAAAACUUCGCUUUGUGGGCAAGACAGAGGUGGCAGCUAAACCUAAAACAGAGAACAAGGAACCAGAAGAUACUGAGAAGGAGACACAAAAUACAGACUCUGCUCCAGUGAAUGGAGAAUCAGAACAGAAAAAAGAUGAUGUGGCAGUAGAGGAAAAACCUAAAUCACCUGUAGGGGAGGACAAUAAUGACGAUACUACAGCAAGUCCAAACAGACGGAGCCCAGACAGCCCCGCUGAGCAACAGACGCACACCUAUGAAGAAGCAGAAAACUCUCUCUCUGCAGAGACAGAACCACCUGCUGUGGAAAGCUGAAAGGCCCUUAAUCACUGUUGCAGUGGACCAAGUGCUAAAAGAUGGUGGCCUCUUUGUUUGAUGUCAUACAGUGCUCCCGGCCCAGCACAACUGCAGCGCACGCACACACAGCAUUUCCUACAGUAUCUGUUACAUCAAUUUUGAUGUUUUGGACAUUUUGCACCAUAAUGAUAUCAAACCAGAAGGCCCCAUUGCUCAGUUUGGUUCAUUAUUUAUCACAGCAAAAAGGAAAGCUUAUUAGUGUGUUAGUUUGUGACGCUGUGCAAACUCCUUUUGUUUA